AUAUAAUCGCACAUGUAUAUAUUCACGGUUACUGGAUAACAUAACGUCAGUUGAUAAUUACAUCGUGUUAGCGCACUUAUUUUGUACAUUUUUGCUUUAAUGGAACACAUUUACUCCAAUAUUUCAGAGAUGACCACGAAAAAAUACACGAUAAAGCCUAUGCAGUUUCCGGAAGAUGGCGAGACGACUAUUCUCGAAUACACUAUGAUGAAUUACACACGCUUACAAAUGAUCACCAAGACUUAUGUGGUAGAUUUUGAACCGAAGUCAUAUAAAGAAUGCCCAAUAAGACACGCAAAUGAGUAUGAUUCCGAAAAGGCUGAACAUCCGGCGCCUGAAUUGGCUAUGAGACCUGUAGCCAUGUGCCGAGAUCCAUUCAGGUUAGGCAAACAUAAAAUAGUUCUCUGUGAGCCAAUUUACGCUGAUCAAAGAAAUGAUGACGUUGCAUUUAACACAAGGAAAAAAUGUAAAGAAAUAUUGGAACAAGUAUCAGAACACGAGCCGUGGUUUGGAAUUGAACAAGAAUUCUACAUCACUGAUAAGAAUGAUAUUCCUUUAGACUGGAGUAUGUUUGAGCCUUCGAUAGAUAUCAACAGUGAAAUGACAAUAGGAGACCAUGUUGGGUUUGAGCGCCAGUUUGUUGACCUUCACCUUCGGGCUUGUAUUUAUGCAGGUCUCAAGAUGUAUGGAAGCGUUAGAGAAAUGAAUCCGUCGCAGUGGGAGUUUCAAGUUGGUCCUUUGCAAGGAAUUCAGACCGCUGACCAGCUUAUUCUUGCCCGUUAUAUCCUCGUUCGCCUUGCAGAGAUACACAACGUAAAGAUAUCAUUCCGGAACAUUGACUGUGCUCGGGAUACAAAUGCAAGACAAACAUUUCAUCUUAAUUUCAGCACAAGGAAAACUCGUGCUGAAGGUGGUAUAAAGACUGCAUAUGAAAUCAUAGAAAAUGUUUCAAAAUAUCCACAAGAAGCAAUGUUCAAAUAUUACGAUCUAUCGAAUGGAGAAGAAAUGAAGUGGUAUUUGGACAGUGAUUUUUACAUGCCAUCAUAUCAUACAUUCAAAUACACAAUAGGUGAUAAACAUGAGUCAAGUAUACGAAUACCUACACAUGUGGCAAAUGAAGGCAAAGGAUAUAUUGAAGAAAGAAGACCAGUGUCUAACGCUGAUCCUUAUGAUGCAUGCCGUGUGUUUGCUGUAGCGGCUUUGUUCGAUCAUAAUGGUGAAGUCAUUCUUUAGCAUUACACGUUUAUAAGAAAUUUCUAUGUUAAAUUUUAGCACCUCGUUCACAAUAUUUGUAUAAGUUAAAAAAGAGGAUCUCUGAAAACAAUAUUUAAACAUUAUCUUGUUCUUUGCAAUUAACUAACUUGUAUUGCUAUAAUAAUUUGUGAUGUGUAAAACAUUAUUUCUGAAGAAGACAAGCUUUCGAAAAUUGUGCGGAUCUAGAAGCAAUAUAUAUAUUAUAUAUAUUAGGAAUAGUUAUUUUAGAACGAAAAACUGUCUUCAGAAUAUUAAUUGUGUUCAUUUGUUGAAUCAUGUCGGUGGAAACUAUAACCCUGUAAUCAACCUCAUUGAAGAAAAAUUGUUUAAUGUUGAAAAGUUGAAAUGGAAAGCAUUGUUAGACAGAAAUACUUCUACAAGAGGAAAUGGUGGUAAUAAGCUGAGAACGUAUAGAAUUUUUAAGUCAGAUUUUUGUUCAGAGAAAUAUUUAAAAUCAAAUAUGCCUUUUCAUUAUCGAUCGGCUUUUACAAAAUUUAGAUGUGGCGUAGCACCAUUACGAGGGGAGACCGGUAGAUAUGAAAACUGUAAAUUAAGGGGAAGAUGCUGUUUAAAUUGUAAGGAUGUUUUAGAAGAUGAGAAACAUGUAUUAUAUAACUGCCCUUUGUAUAAUGAAUGUAGAACUAAACUGAUUUCUGCAAUAAAUAGUAUGCCAAAUGUUAACUAUGAAAAUUUGUCAGAUGAUGAAAAACUACUUGCAACAUUUAAACACGAUAAGAAUGCAUAUAUUGCUGCCAAAACAUGCUAUAAAAUUUACGCAAGAGUGUGUGUGUGUGUUUUGUAUAUUUGUUUAAAAAAAAAAAAAACA